AUGUUCAUUUUGCACUGGCGUCCUCCGCUGACGACUUGUCUGACCUUUCGACAACUGGCAAUCUCUCGUUUCAAUCUGGGUCGUAGGAUUACAAGGUCUAAUACAGGGCGCUGGCUUUGUAUGUCGAGUAUCGCUAAUCAAAGCACGCUUCGCUUGCUAUCGCAGGCCGAGGCGCAACGCGUCGAUGAAGCGCUCAUGUCAGAAACUAUCGGCUACAGCCUAGAGCAGCUCAUGGAACUCGCCGGGCUUGCGGUGGCCUUGGCAGCAGCUCGCGAGAAUCCUAAACGCAGUCAGCGAAUUGUCGCAGUCUGCGGUCCCGGGAACAAUGGCGGUGACGGUCUCGUUGCCGCUCGCCACAUAUGCAUUCUGGGGUACGAACAUGUCUUCGCCAUUUAUCCGAAACCGGGAUCGCAUCCCCAUUUCCAACGCCUCGUGAAACAGGCAAUGAGCCACGGUGUGCGCUUCGUAGACGCUGCAGCCUAUGAGCAGACGAUCUGCGAGGCAGACGUCCUGAUCGAUGCCCUUUUCGGUUUCUCGUUUCGAGCGGAUCGACCGAUGCGCGAUCCAUUCGCCACGCUGAUCCGUCUUAUGAACGCAUCGCCCCGGGCGACAACGGUGCUUGCGGUGGACAUCCCCUCUGGCUGGGAUGUGGAGCGGGGUCCGCCAGAGGCCAUGCGUCCCGCAGAGCGCACCGCAUCCGACCCGCGCUCUUCGACAAGCGGCGAUCAGCGUGCACCAGCCUCGAGCCUGGCGGUAAUGGCGAACGUUUGGGUUUCACUGACAGCCCCGAAACGCUGCGCUGCUUUCUGGCAAGGGCGCGCCCAUUACCUUGGCGGGCGUUUUGUUCCACCAGCGCUCGCAAAAUCCAUGCAACUUGAGCCGCUUCCAUACACAGACUCGGAACUUAUUGUGCGCAUUGAUCAUCUGUUGCCGACAUCGAUACCCGGCCACCAGCAGGAAGCCUCAGAGUCGCGAUAA